ACAAACCAAUCUUUAUUUUGAAAACCGAGGCAACCCCGUUGUCGCCGGAAGUAGACUUUUAUUUUGUUCAUACAUUCGCAGCUGUUGUAGAAAAGAGCUACAAGCGCUAACGCCAGUCUCGCUUGCCUUCGCCACUUUUAGGUCAAAACAUGUCUCACACAAUUCUGCUGGUUCAGCCAACCAAAAGACCAGAGGGGAGAACAUACGCCGAUUACGAGUCUGUAAAUGAGUGCAUGGAGGGAGUGUGUAAGAUGUAUGAGGAGCAUCUGAAAAGGAUGAACCCCAACAGCCCGUCCAUCACGUACGACAUCAGCCAGCUGUUUGAUUUCAUUGAUGACUUGGCUGACCUCAGCUGUUUAGUGUACCGGGCUGACACACAGACCUACCAGCCUUACAACAAAGACUGGAUCAAAGAGAAGAUCUACGUUCUGUUGAGACGCCAAGCCCAGCAGGCGGGGAAAUAGAUUGAAGGAAACAUUGUGGGUUGCACUGAUUUUUAUUCCCCUCAUCCACCCUGAAAAUAUGUUCAUUUGAUCAGACCUACGCUGCAUUUACCGGGCAAGCAAGUCCGUGCCGGCGACACGAUAAGACUCCCCUUGUUUGUAACCAUUAAAACUUUCAUAAAUAAUGCGUACAUCUCCUUUUUUCCAACAUUUAAUCCACGAUGUUCUGAAAAGUGGUUCAACCCGAAAGCUUGUGUUCACAAGGGUUCAGUUUUGUUGUGUGGAUUUAUUUUUGUUGUAAUCUUAUGACUUUAUCCAGUUUUAUAAAACGGUAACGAUGGGUAUCGUUUGCUUUUGACCAGCUCUGUAUUUUUUAUUUUUUUUUUAUUUUAAUUUUUUUUUUGGCCAUUUAUUACAAUAAACUUGAUUUAAAUGAA